GGUUUCACAACCUUAAAGUUAGUAAUUUAACCGGUUUAAUCGCCGGUUGGAUUCUGACGACCCCUAGCUGCUACCAUAGCAUAUCCCACCUCUGCUGGAAGAAGAGAAGUAGAAGAAUUACUUGUUGAAUCGAGGAUCAGGAUGGUGAAUUUGCUUAGCGCGUUAAUGGUGACUCGGAUGUUGACUCGGGACCACCCUCAGGUUCAGGCGGCGUCAGCUCUUGGCAGCGAGAUUCCGUUUGGCGAUGUGUGGUGGUUCGUGUACGCCGGAAUCUCCUGCUUCCUUGUGCUCUUUGCAGGAAUCAUGUCCGGCCUCACCCUCGGUCUCAUGUCUCUUGGUCUCGUCGACCUCGAGAUCCUUCAGCGCAGUGGUUCUCCCUCCGAGAAGAAGCAAGCCGCGGUUAUACUUCCCGUGGUUCAGAAACAGCACCAGCUUCUUGUCACUUUGCUUCUCUGUAAUGCUGCUGCCAUGGAGGCUCUUCCCAUAUACCUUGAUAAGCUAUUCAAUCAGUUUGUUGCCAUCAUUCUCUCUGUCACUUUUGUUCUCUUCUUUGGGGAGGUUAUUCCACAAGCAAUUUGUAGUAGAUAUGGUCUUGCUGUAGGUGCCAACCUUGCAUGGCUUGUGCGAAUUUUGAUGUUAAUCUGUUAUCCAGUUGCCUAUCCCGUUGGAAAGGUUCUGGACUACCUGUUGGGGCACAAUGAGGCUUUAUUUAGGCGUGCUCAAUUAAAAGCUCUUGUAUCCAUUCACAGCCAGGAGGCUGGGAAAGGUGGUGAGCUUACACAUGAUGAGACUACAAUUAUUAGUGGAGCGCUUGAUUUGACCGAAAAGACUGCUGAGGAGGCUAUGACUCCUAUCGAAUCAACAUUUUCUUUGGAUGUUAAUUCAAAAUUGGACUGGGAGGCAAUGGGAAAAAUUCUUGCUCGUGGGCACAGCCGAGUUCCUGUCUAUUCUGGAAAUCCAAAGAAUAUUAUCGGUCUUCUGCUUGUCAAAAGUCUCCUCACUGUACGGCCAGAAACAGAGACCCCUGUCAGUGCUGUAUCCAUUCGGAGAAUUCCACGGGUUCCAUCAGAUAUGCCUCUCUAUGAUAUUCUUAAUGAGUUCCAAAAAGGAAGUAGUCAUAUGGCCGCUGUUGUUAAAGCCAAGUCGAAAGGGAAAGAAACUCCGCAGAUAAUUGAAGAGAAACAAGAAGAAAGCACUAUUUUUGAUCGGGAUUCACAGUUGACUACUCCAUUACUUCAGAACCAGGACGAUAAAUUGGAAAGUGUAGUUGUUGAUAUUGACAAGUCUUCAAGGUCACCCAGUAUCAAUAAACUAACUGGUUUGCAACGUAGUGACAGCAAAACAAAUUCAUUAGAAAAUAUUGAAGAGGGUGAAGUGAUUGGUAUUAUCACUUUGGAAGACGUAUUUGAAGAACUUCUGCAAGAAGAAAUUGUUGAUGAGACUGAUGAAUAUGUUGAUGUUCAUAAGAGAAUACGUGUGGCUGCAGCUGCAGCUGCUUCCUCAGUCGCACGAGCUCCAUCAACUCGAAGAUUGACUGGUCAAAGGGGAGCAGGAGGCCAAAGUAAACCUGGGCAAACUCCUAAGAAGUCUUCAGAGGAUCAUGGAUCCAAUUCUACAAGGUAACAAGAAGGAACUAUGUGUUAAACUAUCCAGAUAAAGAGCCGUUAGUACGGAGUGGUUGCCUUUUGUGUCAACAAUAUGAUGUUUACAAGGAAAAGCUCUGGAUAGUUUUUAUUUAUUUAUUUGAUUUUGUUAUCUAUAAGUUUUACAAGUUUCCCUUCUGAAGGGGAGUAUUUAUAUAUGCAUGUAUGUUUAUUGAUAUCCUAAAGAUAGCUAAGAUUAUUGGAGUAAUUCUGCCAACUUUUCUGCUGAUGGAGCCAAAACGUACCUAUCAACUCUAUCAAGGCAAUUCUCAAACCAGCCCUCACUUUAAAUGCUAAUGGAAGGUUAUUGUAACAUGUAUCCUAUCCACAUUUCCGUUUAAUUAUCGCUUCAUGGAUUGUACAAAUACCAGUUUUAAUUUGAUCUAGAAGGUAAUUAAAUAAUCCAAGACACUGUUGUUGACU